UUGCAUUGCACAGAAGUAACUGGCGCGCGAAUCAGAAAGAACUUACAGGUUGACAAAAUUGAAUAUUUUUAAAAAGCGAAAACAAACAAAAAAAAAAGAAAAAAACAACAGCAACGAAAAAAUAAUUAUAUAGUGAUAUAAAAACAUAUCACAUCUAACGCAUUGAGAAUAUAAAACGGUGAUCGAAGCGCGCGUCGAUUGCAUUCACAACUCGGAAGUGCAGUGCUUUUGUAUAUGACAUAUGAAAAAUUUAUAUUAAAAAUUAAAAAAAAAAAAAUAAAAAUAAUAAUAAUAUAUAUAAAUAAAAAAAAAAAUAUUAUCUUAUGUGUAUUGUUAACCAUUUGUGACAUAAGCAGAGAAAAAUAACAAAAAAAUAAUAUUAAUAAUGAAUGCUAAUAAAGAAUAGAUACCUGUGCAAUAUAUCAAUAUAAAUACAUAUAAUAUUAAACAAAGUGAGGGAAAAUAUUGUAACAGAUUAAAUCUAAAGUGCUACCACCACUGAUUGAUAACAGUUCAAAAACAUUGAAUUUAUAAGAGGAAAAAUACAAUUCACACACAUACACGCAUAUAGAACCGUAAACGUUUUGAUUAGAAAUGGAUAGUAAAUUGGAGAAAAAUGAAAGCAAUACACAGCGCAAAGGAUGGACGCCGCUCCUGGCCUUGGUUUGCUUUGCAACUACUUGGGGCACUGCGAUACCGGUUGGCUAUUGUUUGGGUGUCAUGAAUACACCUGCAGAGUUUAUUAAAUCCUGGUGCCUUGAUGCUUUUGCGAUACGUUAUGGUGAAGAAUUGAGCUCCUCACAGCUCGAUCUAUUGUGGUCGGCAAUUGUGUCUAUAUUUCUUAUUGGUGGGAUUUUUGGUUCAUUUGUAGCUGGUGGAUUUUGUAAUCGAUUUGGAAGAAAGGGAACUCUGCUAAUUAGUGCAUUUCUAUUGACACUAUCCGGCAUUCUGUUGCACUUUUGUCGCAUGACAACCUCGGUGGAGAUGCUCUUGAUUGGUCGCUUCACUAUCGGCGUUGCGGCCGCUUUCAUCUACACCGUACAUCCAAUUUACCUGCUUGAGAUUUCGCCCACGCAUCUACGCGGCGCGGCGGCUGUCUUCACAUCGAUCGGUGUUACUGGCGGCAUUUUUGUGGGGCAAAUCUUUAGUUUACAACAGAUUUUCGGUACCGAGGAGCUCUGGCAAUUCGCACUCAGUUUCUUUACGGUCUUCGUGGUUGUUAGCUUUUUGCCAGUUUACUGGUAUCCAGAAUCACCACGUUGGCUUUAUUUGAUGCGUCAAAAUGAGCAGGCUGCACGUUAUGAAUUGCAACGUUUGCGCGGCAAGAAUUCCGAAGAUUGUGUAAAUAAUGAAAUUGCCGAUAUGAAAGAGUUGGCGACGUGUACGAGUGGCGAAGGCGUUGGAUUUUUUGCGGUCGUUAAGAAUUCCGAAUAUUUAUUACCGCUAGUAAUCUGUUGCUCGUUUCCCUUGUGCCAACAGUUGAGUGGCAUUAAUGCGAUAUUCUUCUAUUCGGUGCGUAUCUUUAUGAAGGGCGGCUUUUCACUGGAGAUAGCCACGUGGAUGAAUUUUGGUGCGGGAUUCUUGAAUUUGGUAUUCGCCAGCAUAAGUCCGGUAAUGGUGCAAAAGUUUGGACGACGCACGCUUAUGAUGUUCUCAGCGGGCGGUUGUGGAUUGUCGCUUUUCGGUAUGGCUUUCGCCUUAAAUUAUAUUGACCUCGUUAGUUGGUUGCCCAUUCUUUGCAUAGUCUUCAUUGCCGCCUUCAUAUUCUUCUUCAAUGUGGGCUUGGCGCCUGUUCCGUAUUUCGUGGGCGCAGAACUCUUUGAAGUUGAGACGCGUUCGGUGGCCAUGUCCAUGGGCAACAUCUUUUCGUGGAGUGGCAAUUUCGUGAUUGGUAUGUUCUUCCCUAUGCUGGAGGCUGUUUGGGGCUCUUAUGCAUUCCUACCCUGUGCGGCGAUGUGUCUAUAUUGUUUCCUGCUGACGUGGCGUUAUCUACCCGAGACUCGCGGUAAAGAUGUGGCGGACGUUAGACCGCUCAUGGCUAAAGGUUUCCGUUCGAAGGUGCGUUAGUGGAGGAUAUUUAAUUUUAAGAAAACUCUUAUUAUAAAAAUAACAUUGUAUAAAGUCAAUAGUGCGCAUACGCGUACAUAUUUAGUUAUACAUAUAUGUAUUUAAUUUAUUCUGAUAAUAAGUACAUUGUUUCGCAGAUAUGUAGAUGUUGUUCAGUAUAAAUUUAAGGUCUCAAUUAAUGUAUGUAUGUAAACACCAAAAGUGGGUUACACAUGUUUCCUUUGCUAUAUGUAGAUAUGUAUAUACUUAUAUAUUUAUUUAUUCCUUCCGAAAGGCACAAAUUUUAUUGUCGCAAAUUUCUCAAGCAAUUCAAAUUUGCAUAUUGUUAAUUUAAUAUAUAUAUAUGUAUGUAUGUAUGCUAGUGAUUGUAAGUA